CUCGCCCCGUGUCCGCGGUGCAGUCCCGGCGGGCGGCCAGGAAGUGGCUUCCAGACGAGGCCGGGAUCCCCGGGACGAUCCGUUUCUGUUCGGAAAGGGCGGCGGCCGUCCCGUUGCUGAACUCGGGGCGCCCGGGUCCUCCCAGGCCCCUCCCCUCAGCGGGUAAACAAACACCAGCGCGUCACUCGUCGGACUCGAAAACAGCUUCACCCGCUGGGAAACGUAGCUUCCUUCCGUAAACUUUCGGAGCGCCUUCCUCCCCGCCCCCACCGCCACCCUCACCCCGGAAGAGUGAAAUUGGGGGCGGGAGGAUUGGCAGGGCGGUGGCUGGCGGCAUGAUGGACCUAGCCGGGCUCCUGCUGGACGAAGAAGGCACCUUCUCCCUCACCGGCUUCCAGGACUUCUCGUUCCUCCCAGGACACCAGAAGCUGAGUGCCAGGAUCCGGAGGAGACUCUACUAUGGCUGGGACUGGGAGACGGACUGCAGCCUGGAGGAGCUCUCCAGCCCCGUGGCAGACAUUGCGGUGGAACUGCUGCAGAAGGCGGCCCCCAGCCCUAUUCGCCGGCUCCAGAAGAAAUACGUAGCGCAUGUGUCCCGGGAGGCGUGUAUCUCCCCGUGUGCCAUGAUGCUGGCUCUGGUGUACAUUGAGCGCCUCCGACACCGGAACCCAGACUACCUGCAGCACGUGUCGUCCUCUGAUUUGUUCCUGAUCUCCAUGAUGGUGGCCAGCAAGUACCUGUAUGACGAAGGGGAGGAGGAGGAGGUGUUCAAUGACGAAUGGGGAGCUGCUGGGGGUGUGGCCGUGCCCACCCUGAAUGCCCUGGAGCGGGGCUUCCUGAGGGCCAUGGACUGGCGUCUCUACACGGACCCUCGGGAGAUCUUUGAGGUGCUGAGCUGGCUGGAGAGCUGCGUGGCCGAGCAGCAGGGACGGCGGCGGGGCUGGUACACCUACACAGACCUGUGCGUGCUGCUGGAGCAGCCAGCGUGGCAGCUGGCCCUGGGCUCCCUCUGCCAGCGCCUGGUAAAGCUCUCCUGCCUGUUAGCCAUGGCGUAUGUGAGCAGUGUGGCCUUGGCUGUGGCAUCGGUGGCUGUAAUACACCAGUCCUUGGGGCUGUCCUGCAGCCCCUCACCUGGUCCUCCUGACCUUGGAUUGACCUCCAGAUGCCUUUUGGAGCCCUGCAUCCCUUCUCCUGUGCCACAGUGCCUGCCGUCACCUGCUAACAUCUCCAGCUGCCUGGGAGGUGACAUGGGGCUGCGUUCACUCUGGGGCAGUCUUCUGGCCCCACUGGCUCCCCCACCGCUGCCUCCCCCUGACCCCCCUGCCCCUCCCACUCUUCUCCAUAAUUGCCCCCUUUGCCAGAAGCUCCAGAAGGACUCCCCCACUUGCCAUGCCUGCCACGAUCCCAACCGUACGGUCCCCACUGGGCCACCCAGCACUUGGUACCACACUCAUGGCCUGGCUCCAUCCUGGCCCUGGAGCCCAGUCCCUCCUCCACUCCCCCAGCCCCAGCAGUGUUCGCUUUUCAGUGUCAUGGAGCUGGCCCGCCUCAAAUCUUUCAUUUUCCCAGGCUAGGUAGGGCUCCAAGGAAUUCCUAAAGAGGAUUUGGGAGUCUCUGAGAACCUGGAGCAGCAAAGCUUGAUUUACACCCUCUCUACCUCUCUGGGUCCUUGGCUGGUCCCCUGUCCUCCUGGGUAGGAGCUUAAGGGGUGGUUGGGCAGAAGGACUAAAGGUCGUUAGGUUGUUCGCUCCUAGACCUCAGAGGCUGGCUGCUUGGCCAGCCAGUGUUGGUGCCAGGGAAAGCUUUGGCUCGGUGACCACAGGCACGUCACAGAUGGACAGAGGAGACGCUCCAAUCUCUGCCCCCCCCCACCCCGGGCUCUUCUAGAAGUCUGCUUUUGAGUUCCCUAGGAUGAAAGGAGCAGUGUGGGAAAUGGGGGAGGUGGGGUGAGGGGAGGAAGGAAACAUUGACCUGAGUCUGUGUGAUGUCCCGAAGGCAGGAGAGCCGGGGACUGACGGGGCCAGGGUGGGAGCUUCUGGGGGAGGUCUGAGUGAGGUGGGCCUCUCGCUACACCCGCCCCUUGGGUGUAGUCUAAGGGAGCCAAGGACUGCUGGGACCUUUAAUCUUGACCUUUUGUCUUCCAACCUUAUUGCCGCACUCCGAGGCUUCCCUCUCUUCUGGUCUUUUCCGGGGUGAUCUGUCCACAGCCGUCUCUGGCUGCCGCUUUGUAUCUGGGUUUUUCACGCUUUUGUAGAACUAAGGUUUCAAUAAACAGUCUGAGUUGCAUGGCCUGCCUUUUCCUUCUGCAGCAGCCCUUGAAGACUUUUCCUCCCCGUCCCUGCCUUCCCCACCCUCACCCCUUCACUUCCUGAUCUUGUCACUUUGCAAAUCCUUUUCCCUGAGCCCCAUUCAGAACCCCCCUAUUGUCUGACAUCAGUCAGAGGUUCCCAUUUUUCCCCCUCUUUUUUAGCAUUCUAUUUUUAUUUCUCUGAAAGAGUUAUCCUGAGGGAGAGGGAGAGAUCUUCCAUCCACUGGUUCACUGCCCAAAUGGCUGUAACAGCCAGGGCUGGGCCAGACUGAAGCCAGGAGUCAGGAGCUUCUUCUGGGUCUCCUGCGUGGGUGCAGGGGUCCAAGCACUUGGGCCAUCUUCCAGUUUUCCCAGGUGCAUUAGCAGGAAGCUGGAUCAAAGGUGGCGCAUUGGGGAUUGUAACUGGCAUCCAUAUGGGAUGCUGGCAUUGCAGGUGGCAGCUUAACCCGCUGCACCACAACACCAGCCCCCAGAGGUUCCUAUUUCAAACCUGCUCUCAUCCCUGCUUCCAACACCCUGGGGCCCCAGUGCUGUUCCACUUGGGAUGCCAUGGAACAUAAGCGGUGACUGUCCCAUGCCUGGGGCUGGCCUUGUUGAAUGUUCUGGAUGGGCACCAUCCUUGGAUCCUUAGGGAGCCAAGCCCUGUAUCCAGCAGAGUGCCCUGGGCUCCUUAGGGGCAGGCCACCUUGUAUCCUGACGUCCUCACUGAUCUGACAUGUGGUAGAAGUUGGUGGUGUUAGAGGAACUCCGAAGUUGGUGCUCGCUGGAGGAAGGAAAGCCGCAUCUGGGACUGCUGACGGUCGUCCACAGCAGGGGUGGCACUGCCCUCUAGGGGGCAUUUUGGCCAUCUUUUGAUUGUCACAGGAUCGGUGGUGGGGUGGGGUGGUCAGCCUGAGCAGGAUGCUGGAUAGCCCGAGGUGCUCAGGAACCCCGUUUCUAUGACAAGUUCACAACUUUCUAUGAAGACAAAUUUCAAAUGACUGGCCAGUCACCACGAAUGUGAAAACCCUGUACAGGUUUGUUUGAGCCUAGGAUUUUCACAUGUCAAGUCAUCUUUGUACCUUCUGAAAAAGACUGAGUUUACCACAUACAUACCUCCCUGGAAAUCAAAACUACUCAUUUGGAUCAGCACUUUGCUCACUGUUUUGGAAAAUUGGCCCACAGCAUCAGCACUGCUCCCGGCAGCCAAGUCCCCAGUCAAGCACCAGUGUCCAUUGGCAUCGCUGCUGUCAUGUCCGUGGUCAUUCUGCAUUUCGCUGUGGCGAUUGUGCUGCUACAGUGUCUUCUGGUUUGUGCUCAAACUUUCACAUUUUGCAAUACAAGUUACUAAUAAUUCUAUUUCUCCAUGUUACAAUGAAAACAUUUACGGAGUACAGCCGUGAUGGUCA